UUUCUUUCCUUGAAGCAUUUUUGAAUCUGAAAUCCUCUCUCCGCGCUCGUUGUUGCUCCGCCGUGCAUCAAGCGGCCGUUCUCCUGCCAUCACCGACGAACCACAUUACGGCCGCCGCUACUCCGGUGCUCACUCGCUUCUCUCUUCGGGUUCGUUGCUGCUCCGUCAUUCGUUCCGGCGUUCCCGGGAUCGCAGAUGCAGCACGCGGAGGAGAAGCAGGCCUCUUCGAGCUCCCCUCAACGUCGGCGACGUCGCCCGCCAAGCGAGACCCGCACACACGGAAGGCUCGGAGGCGAGGUUGCUGGAGAAGCUGGUGCUGAGCUGCCUCGUCGUGUUCGACGCUCCUCCGCCUCCCUCUCGCGACGUCCGCUCUGCUCUCUCUCUCCCCCCCUCUGCGAAGUCGUGACUCUCUUCCAGCGAAACGCGACGCCGACGGCCCUCCACCUCUGCCGGUUGACUCCGUCGCCCUCGACUCCGACUCCGACUCCGACGCCGACGCCGACGCCGCCUCCUCCCUGAACCCGACUCUGACGCCGACGCCCCUUCGCCGGUUGCCUCCGUCGGCGUCGGAGUCCGUCGCCCCCGACGCCGACGCCUCGACCUCCGCCUAUGCGCCUGACGCCGACGCCGACGCCGAUGCCCCUUCGCCAAGUCCAUGCAUCGCAGAAAAUGGUGAUGCCGACCCAACAUUACUUAUUCAGUUAUUUCCUUUUGCUGCUGCCGAAAAGGAGAGACAAGCUUUGGUGGAUGCACUUAGAGCUAGUGAAGCUGAAUGCGAUGCUAUUGAUGCGAAGAUGCAGGAGGUUUUGAAUGCACAGAUUGCUGCUGAGGAUGAGUGUGUUUCUCUGUUGGAGAAUUUCUCUAAGGAUGCAACUGCUAGUGCUGACCUGAUAGAGAAGAAGGCAAACUUACUGCGUGCUGAGGAAAUGGACAAAUGGCUUUCAUCAAGUGAAGAUUUGGAGGUGAGGAAGAUGGAACUUGAAAUCGAGUCAUAUCUGAUAAGUGAAGCUCGUAAAGGAGUGAAUGUUUCCAUCGAGCAUUCAAUUGAUGAUGACAGUAGAGAGAAAGAAAAACUUCUUAAGAAGAAGGAUGUGUUGUUGGAUGAAUUGGAGAAGCUGCUUAAUUUAGUGAGAGAGAAGGAGAAGCAAAUUGCUGAGAAUGAUGCUUCCAUUGAAGCAGUAGAGAAGCGCAUUGCUGGUGUGGUCUCUGGAUUUCAGGACAUGCAAUCAGAUAUUGGUGCUAAAUAUGAUAGAAUGAAAUCAAAGCUCUCUCAGGUUGAUGCCGAAAGUGAAGCUUUAUCUAUAAAAAAGAAAGAUAUUGAUGACGUACUCUCUCAGGAAGAUAAUAAAGGAGCAAAGAUUAGGGAACUUGGGAAGAUUGCUGCAGAUGAAGCAAAAGCAUACAAUGAAGCAGCAGGAUUGAGAAAGGUUUAAUGCUCUGCAUUUUGGAGUACAGAGAAAGUAAACUGGGGCUGAUGAAGACUGAGGAGAGAUUUUCUGAAGAUGUCAUGAGGCUCCAACAAGAAGCUUCCUCUGCAAGAGCUUCUUUACAGGAACUGUCUUCAAAUAAGUCCAGCCUCCAACAGGAGAUAGCUUCAUUUGAGCAGAGGAUACUUUAUGUGGACAAGAGACUUCCAGAACUAGAGACUGAGAAAAGGUUGCUGCUGCUGCAAGAAAUUUCAAAGAAGCUACACGAAUAGCUGCUGAAGCAAAGUCGUUGAGCAAUGAGAAGGAAGGAACACAAAUCAAGCUUGAAAGAGCCACUAUGGAGCUUGGAAAGCUUGAAGAAGAAAUUAAAGAAACUGUUGAUAAAUUGCAGGAGGCUGAGGAGCAGAUCUUAUUAAGGGAGAGGGAUUUGGCAGUGGCUAGACUCCAGAGGUUACUCAUAACUGCCAGUGCUGCCAAUGCUGAAAGAGCUGCUGCUGUGGAAUUGGGUGACCAUGAAGAAAAGACAUUUUACUUGCUGAGGCCAAAGCUGCAGAAUAUGAAGCCCAAAAGCUCCAAGCGGUAUAUGAUUUGAAGGAGGAAGAUUUUGGCAAUCAA